AUGAUAGAAGAGCAAAGCAAGUAUCAUGUGCUUCAGAGUGGCAUGCAAGGAGCAAAGAACUUCAUCUCACCACAGAGAGUUUCUUCUGAUUCAACAGGAGUGACAGCAUGUCCUGAUAUGCCCAGGAGGUACCUGGAAGAAGCUUCGAGAAGAAAAGCAGAAGAUCCUCAAAGGAAGAUCAAGGUUCUUGAAAUGGGAGAAAAUGGUUUUCAGAGAGAUGAAGAUAACUUGUACGAGAUCACAGCUAUUUCCUUGGAAGAAAUCUACACGUCUGAACUUUACAUGGCCACAAAGGCCUCCAUUUCAAAACACAAGUCUAUUAAAAAAGUGGCUGUGGCACUCUGUGGCGGCAUGCUACAGGCACAAGUUCAUGUUUUCUCAACUGCUCGGGUUCCUUUGGAUCAUGGCCCUCCCCCCCCACCCCUGGCGGCAGCGACGGCCGGAAUCGGGCUGGGGGCGACCGGGCGGCGGUUUUACCUCUAUUUUGAGACCGGACUCGCCUCUUCCAACUCGAGUUCAAUAUGGGCCCUUUCUAAACAAGAGAUGCAGUCUGCUGGAUUGCAAAGAGGUCGUGGAGGUGGAUCUGGCAACUUCACGGGUCGUGGAGGAAACUUUGGAGGUGGUGGUAAUUUUGGCCGUGGUGGAAACUUUGGGGGAAGAGGAGGCUAUGGUGGUGGAGGUGGUGGCAGCAGAGGUAGUUAUGGAGGAGGUGAUGGUGGAUAUAAUGGAUUUGGAGGUGAUGGUGGCAACUAUGGUGGUGGUCCUGGUUAUAGUAGUAGAGGAGCCUAUGGUGGUGGUGGACCAGGAUAUGGAAACCAAGGAGGCGGAUAUGGUGGUGGUGGUGGAGGAUACGAUGGUUACAAUGAAGGAGGAAAUUUUGGAGGUAACUAUGGUGGUGGUGGGAACUAUAAUGAUUUUGGAAAUUAUAGUGGACAACAGCAAUCAAAUUAUGGACCCAUGAAAGGGGGCAGUUUUGGUGGAAGAAGCUCGGGCAGUCCCUAUGGUGGUGGUUAUGGAUCUGGUAGUGGAAGUGGUGGAUAUGGUAGCAGAAGGUUCUAAAAAAAUUUCAGAAGAAAAGGGCUACAGUUCUUAGCAGGAGAGAGAGCGAGGAGUUGUCAGGAAAGCUGCAGGUUACUUUGAGACAGUCGUCCCAAAUGCAUUAGAGGAACUGUAAAAAUCUGCCACAGGAGGAACGAUGAUCCAUAGUCAGAAAAGUUACUGCAACUUAAACAGGAAACCCUUCUUGUUCAGGACGGUCAUAGCCACAGUUUGCAAAAAGUGCAGCUAUUGAUUAAUGCAAUGUAGUGUCAAUUAGAUGUACAUUCCUGAGGUCUUUUAUCUGUUGUAGCUUUGUCUUUUUCUUUUUCUUUUCAUUACAUCAGGUAUAUUGCCCUGUAAAUUGUGGUAGUGGUACCAGGAAUAAAAAAUUAAGGAAUUUUUAA